AUGCUAUUACAACCAGCCAACUCGACGACGGUGGCUCAUUUUCUGAUAUACCAGCAAGUGAGAAACAUAUCCCGUAGAAGGAUCGCGUAUCCACCAUACCCAUUCAAGAGACUAAGUAAAGAGCACCCAAAGAAGCAUGACACCAAUUUGAAGGCCGCCAUGAGACAAUUUCUGGGGCCCAAGAACUACAAAGGCGAGUACGUGAUGAAUAAGUACACUCGUGUGCCCACAAACCAUAUCCCUAAUUAUAUUAAACCUAACAGAGAGAGAGGUCAAGCUUUGGUCAAUCCUGUCACGGGAAAACCGAUGGUGAUCAGGCCUGAUGGGAAGUUGGUGGAAGUGGCCGAGUCUUCCGAGAGAGAUUCCUAUGGAUCUGUGUCGGCGAAGGGAGCCAAUAUGCUGCAACCUUUUCCCUCAAAUCCGCAUUGUAAGACUAAUUACAUUAUCAGUAAUGAACUGAAGGAGGAGAUUUACGAGUUGAUUCAAGUGCAGGGUCAAUCUACGCAACAAGUGUCUCAGAAAUAUGGGUUGAAGAUCCCAAGAAUUGAAGCUAUCGUCAAAUUGAUGACUAUUGAAAAGAAAUGGGAAUCGCAUAAUAGAAUAUCGCCAAGUUUGGACACCUUUGCGAAAACCAUGUAUGGUAUGUUCCCCAUCUUUGAACCCGAAUUGACUUUCCAAAGGGAGAAUCUGAGUGAAAUUCCUGUCCCUGAGAAGACUUUGUCAUCGAGAUUUAUCACCAUUGCUGAAUCUGAACCUUUUGGUCCUGUGGAUGCCGCCGAAGUUUUGGAAUUGGAACCAGCCGUGAAGACAUUGGAGAAAUUGGCCACUGUUGGUGAGCAUUCGCAAGGUCAUCAUGCUAAUGGAUCAGAGAAGCACAAGAAGAAGGUGGUCUACGGUGCAGUGAAAGAAGGUGACCGUUCCAUUUUCAAGUUCACUGACGCCAGAGUGGGUCAAGUAGGAUUUAGAUAUGGGAGUGGGAACCGUGAUAGUAAGAAGGACCGCAAAAUAGGAUUUGAUUCCUUGGGAAAGAUGAUUUACAUAUAA